GUAAAGACAGAACAAAGACAAGCAGCAAGAUGAAGCACCUGUUGUUUUUGGGGAUUGCAUUUUCUGCAUUCUACAUCAGCCAUUCAAAUCCUCCAGAGUUCUGUGCAUUGGGCUCUGAUGAAGGUGAAGGUUCAAGCUUCACCUUUGCUUUGUUUUAUGACCACGUCAAAGAUCAGUGCAAUCCUUUCAUAUACAAAGGCCAAGGAGGAAACGCCAACCGUUUUCAGAAUGAAAGAGAGUGCAUAAGAAACUGUUCCGUCAAUGCAGAUAAAAUCUACCCCAUGGAUGUGUCCCAAGCUUGCCACUUUAAAAAGGCCAUGGGUGAAUGCAGUGCUAAGUUAUUGAGAUACUACUACGAUUCUGUUCAUCACAAAUGCAAAAAAUUCCUCUGGUCUGGAUGCAUCGGAAACGGAAACAGGUUUACUGACCAAGGGAUCUGCAACACCACCUGUUCUGGUAUCCAUGAUGUUGGUGACGAAGAGGAGGAAGCGGAGCCAGACACUCCUAUUGCCAUCAUCUGUGGAGUUCUGCUUGCUGCCAUUAUUGCCAGCAUCUUCAUAACUGUGAUUGUCUUGACCAUUCAGUCAAAGAAAAAGAACCCCAAAAAGAAGGCACAGGGGAAAAGUGAAGAGCCCCAGUCUGCCUCACCUCUUCAGGAAAGGGGGAUGGAAAUGGCAUAAAUCAUGUCACCUUGAUGGCAACAUUUAUCCGUUUGGUUAUGUAUUAUAACUCUACAAGUCUUGAUACCAAACAUAACUGAUAACAACAUUUAAGUUCAAUUUAGAUUUUUUUACUGACAUUUAAUGCCAUUACAAUUUUGUUCUAUUUCAUGCUUUGUUUCACCUACAACGUGUGCAAAGUGAUGUUUCUUAUUUUGUGUUAUUUCCUGGGAACUAUAAACUGUACUUUAAUUUAGCAAUUUCAAUAAAUCUGAUUAGUCAAACCACAGCUGCAACAAUUAGUCAAUUAAUUGAUCAGUUAAUUCAACUGAAACCAUUUUAAUAAUGUAUUAAUCAUUGAGAUCAUUUUUCCAGGAAGAAUGUCAACAGUUUCCUUUGUUCCAGCUUUUCAGUUGUGAGGUUUUUCUGAUUUGCCUUAUGUGAUUGUAGAUAGAAUUUAUUUGGGUUGGCCGGACAAAACGAUUUAGGACAUUUCUUACAAAUCUUCUAGACCAAAUGAUUAAUUGAGAAGCAGUGGGCACAUCAGUUAUUAAUUAAAUUCAUUGUUAACUGCUGCCCUGAACAAAUACACCCAUCAUUUAAGUUUUGAGAAAUAUUUCCAUUAGAAGUAAGUCUGUUUCAUUGUUUAAGACGAACACUUAAGAAUAAACAGGAGCAGAACUUCAUCAUUCCUAGUUCAGGUGCUCGUCUUCAAAAUUACAUAAGAUGCUUUCUAACAAUGGGGUCUUGUAAGCAUUUUCAAUGUUUCCAAAAUAUAACUGCAUCAUCACCUGGCUCAAAGAUUUGCUGAAAACUAUUUGAAGUCUUCUGAAGGCACGUGCCAAUUGUAAACCCAACACAUAUAAUUAGAGGUGUUUUUGUGAAGUGCAUGCCCACUGCACACUUUGUUAUUAUACUUUCCUGCUCAGCAUUUGUGAAUCUUUUGUUUUAGGCUGUAAACAUCUCAACAUAAUAAUGUCAAAAACAACCUGUCACUUUUUCCUUAAAUGUGUGGCUGUUAUAUCAAAUGUUCAUGCGCAUGCCUUGUAUUUGGAAUAUAAAAGCACAU